CCAACGAAAACUUUAAUCAAGUAAAUAAAUCAGACUGCAACUUCAGAUUUAGCGAAAGGCUAAUUAGGGUGUGUAUAUUACGUCGUAGCCGGACAAAGACACAUUAAGUGUCGUGUUUGGCGUGUGCUCACAUAAAACGUGAUGUUUCUUGUCAAAGGGGCUUUUAUUUUGACACCAGCAAAAGCAAUUCACUGAAAUCCCAGUCAAGUCGAAUGUAGGUUCUGGCUUGGUUUUUGAGAGGAACAGAAACACAUGAACUUAAUGGUGUUGUGAGAGUCGACACCACAAAUGGACGCCAGCGGCGUGUACGUGCGGGAAAGAGGCAAGCUGCAUCGUGUCAGCGACAUCGUGCUCAAGCCUGUGGUGGGAUUUUCCUCGUCUUCGUCGUCUACCUGUCGGCGGACCAACCCACUGGUGCUGCGUAAGGAGCACUUCGUGUUUACGUACAACGCGGAGGGCAGUCUGCGCUACAGCAGCAAGUCGCUGUUCGACAUCGCGUUGCUCUUCGUGGCGGGCAACGUGCAGCACGUGGACUCGCUGGUGGGCUUCCCCGAGCAGAUCGGCGACAGGCUGUUCGCGGCGGCAGAGGAGAACCGCGUGUUCCUGAAGCCGGACGUCUCCCCCAGAGCCCUGCGGCUCUUCAGCGACGCCUAUGGGGAAAUGGUGCUCGGCUCCCUCUGCCUCAGGAACAGGUUUCCUCUAUUGAGCGAACGUAUCGCUGACAUCAAGACCUUCCACAGUUUGAAACGUUUAGACCUGUUUGGCUGCCGGCUGGGCGACAACCACGAGAUAUUCCAGCACCUGACAUCCGCCUCUCUGGCGAGCUGCUUGAUUCAGCUCUUCAUUGGCGGCAACGGCCUGUCAGACGCUGGCCUGCAACGACUGACGGCACCAGUGAGAAUGAUGAGGAAAGGACUGGACUGUCUUCAGUGCCUGGAUGUUUCACAUAACCCCCUUUCGGAGAGGGCUCUCCGCUACCUGAAGUGUCUCCCUAAACUUGACAAACUGGAUGUAUCUGGCACCAGCGUGAAGUUUGGCUCAAGACUGAAGUUGAGCAUGUGGGAGCUGCUGGGCCUGACUUAUUCCGAGAACGCGCUGGACGCCUUUGACCACUCUGAAUGUAAAACACAAGGAUGGGCGGAACAGGUUGUAAACCAGUGGGAAACCAAUGGAGCGCAAAUGCCGAAACAGAAGAAACUUGAUGAGUCCAGAAUAUCAGCACUUCGCUUUUGUACGUGUUUGCCAGGCGCCUUUCGGGUUGGCAGGCAGAAGUUUGUCCAGGAGGUGUUGAACGCGGCACCAUUGUGUCGCAACAGAGAUGCAACAGCCGAGGAGCAACGUCUGCACUUCUACAAACCUCCAGCGGGUAGCACCACAGACGGCACCACCCCUGACAGAACUUGUUGGAACGCAAGCGGCAAAAGGAAGCAACCGUCGGAAAAGCGCAGUGACCGUUCGACGGCCAGUCCGCCGAUGAAACGUGCCUCAUUGUCAGUGUUUAACGCUGACGACAUGGAUUUGUUGGACCAAUACUGAGAUGCAUCAGCACGACGAUUAUACAGUCGUUUUGUUGAGUAACGUUUUCUUAAUAAAGUUAUUUUGUACGCA